ACUAGCCGUAGUCCACUUAUAUUAUAUCAUCCCACUUGGUUCUCUCUUUCGUCUGUAAUCUUCCCCAACUUCCACGUCUUUUCCAACAAUACCAAUACCUUAUUGAACCACUAUAUAUCCCCCCGAGCCCCGAGUUUCUCUAAACAGUUAUUUUGUGUUACCAUUUAAUACGCCCGUUCGAUUUCCAACGUCUCUCCUCGUCUUCUCUACCCUCACUCUUGAAAGGUGCAAUCUCGCCUGUUAAUAACCUCAACCCACCACUGCAUUCUGGAUUUGCUACCAUCCGAUCUGAUUACCCGUUCAACUUGUUCGCUUUCUGGUCGAGUAUCGCAGCCGUGCAGUUUAAUAAAGAUUCGAGGGGGUUAUUCUUCGAAGGAGCCACUGAUCUGAACGAGCGGAUCGUUCAGCGGCAACAGUUCGGCUCUCAUUCUCAUCAAGCGCUACUGCUGGCUUUUGAGAACAGCGCAGCCGAAACCAGAACCGUUUGCGAGGCCAUACAGCGACUCCUGGUUCAGACAUCACUGCUUCAGUAUCUUGUCGCCCUCUAAUUAAUUCUACAAGUCCGCUACCUGGACCCUACAGCGACUCGUGCACAGUCCACCAUCAACGUUCGCGGACCUGAUAGACGCCGUCGUUAUCAGUUUCUGCCAGCAGCUUUCAGAUAGUACUUGUCACCCGGUUGCUCUUUGGUCUUCAGUCACAGAUCGCAAUCUACCGUUUCUAAAGGCAGGCCUGCUCGGACAGAGAUAGCCUUCGUCCGCGCGUUGUUUGGCGCAACAGUUGCUACACCACCUUGACCAACCCUUCCCGGCAAUGAAUCUCUCGAACCUGGUGCACGAGAGGAAGGUGAGACAACCGGUGGCUGUGAAUUAUCUCUCAGAGGAGCAGUUUGGGCAGCAAAGGUUCCAAGCACAGAAGUAUUCAGAGUACUACGACGGCAGCUUCGCAGGAUCAUACGCACAACCAACACAGUCAUACUCGCACGUUCAAGUCCCGCAACCGCCGCCGUCUCCUCCGAUGGAGGAAAUCGCAAAAUGCUCUCUCCCUUCAAUAUCAAGCCUUCUCGGAAUCGCAGACAACAAUCCCUCUCAGCAACAUGAACAGUCUCGUCCAAUGUCCCAACAUACAUCCGAUAGCCGUAAGAACUCCGCACACUACACACCCUCCAGCGCAGCGACGACGCCGCGACAGUCGCUCCCACUCACUCCACCCACGCACCCUGACUCGGCGCCCGAAAGCCGCCAUUCCCCGUCCUCAUCCAUCUCCUCCACCUCGCAAUACAGCUGUGCGUCGACACCCGCAGCUUACAGCUUUCAACCCGGACCCACUGGCAACUUAGGAUUUAACCCAGAGAGAGAGGGAUUUUCAGGCGCAGAACCGCGGAGAGCUUCCGUUGCUCUAUCGCAACCGCAAUAUGGCCUUCAAUCUUCGUACCCUGUGGCACCAGCUCAGCAAAUGAACGGCUACUACCCUCCUCCUAUGCCUGAAAACCCUCCACUCCCAGACGGAGUAUACUACCAACAACGGCCACUUCUCAAGUACACAACACCCCCCUCCACAAACCCCUGGCAACACCACCACUACAUCGCCCCCUCCUCCUCGUGCUUCCCCCUCCCGCAAGACCGCUACAUCUGCCCAACCUGCAACAAAGCCUUCUCGCGCCCCUCCAGCCUCAAAAUUCACAGCCACAGCCACACGGGCGAGAAGCCCUUCCGCUGUCCCGUCCGCGGAUGCGGCAAGAAGUUUAGCGUGCGGAGUAACAUGAAGCGCCACGAGCGGGGGUGCAUGGGGAUGGCAUUUGCUGAGACUUGAGACAUGGGA